UAACUUAGAAAAUGUUUUUAAAUUCUAACAUGUCUUUUCACGUGCAGGUGUAGAUUUUUCGAGUUUUGCACAUAAGCUUUAAUUUUAUUAAAAUUGAAUGGCAAUGAACUUCAAAUUUGUAACCGUUAAGUCAACAAGAUUCCGAUACCCUGUCACCAAAAAAGAUUGUUACACUUCACCCAUUCCAAAAGUACGAAAACUUUUGGCUAAUCCAGGAGUAUUUAAGGGUAACCAUGCAGGUUUUUUUCCCCCAUAAAACAGGGAACAUGGAGAGCACCGUGCUUACACUGUUUUUGGUCAUCCCACUUUCAAUCUUUCUUCUAAUUUACGCAACCGCAGGACGACGGCGUCGCCCGCCGUACCCGGUGCCUCCCCUUCCCAUCAUCGGCCACCUCCACCUCCUUCGGCUCCCGCUUCAUCGCACCCUCCACCGUCUCUCCCAAAAGCACGGCCCCAUCUUCUCCCUCAAACUGGGUAGCCGCUUGGUCGCCGUCGUCUCGUCUCUGCCGCUGGCGGAGGAAUGCUUCACCACAAACGACGCCGUUUUCAACAACCGGACCUACAAUCUCGCCAGCAAGUACAUAGGGUACAACCAGAGCACCAUGGUCGGGCUCCCGCACUGCGACCGGUGGCGCCGCCUCCGCCGCCUCGCCGCGGAAGAAGUGUUCUCCGCCGCCCGCCUCAACUCCUCCCUUCCGAUCCGACUAGACGAAAUCGAGCAGCUCUUGAAGAGCCUCCUCCGUCCAGAUCCGGAAAAUGGGUUUCACCGGGUGGAGCUGAGGCCGAAAUUCUCCCAAUUGACUUUCAAUUUGAUGGUGCGGAUGAUCGCCGGGAAGAGGUUUUUCGCCGGCGACAUGGAGAAUCGGGAAUCGGUGGGGGUCCGGGAGCUGAUUAAAGAGGUGUUGGAGGUGGGUGACGUUUCGAAUCCGGAGGAUUUUUUCCCCCUUCUGAGGUGGUUGGAUUGGAGAGGGGUGAAGAAGAGGCUGGCGGCGCUCGGAGAGAGACUGGACGAUUUCGUGCAGAAACUGAUAGACGAUUGCCGGCGGGAAGAGACGCCGGCGGAGAGCACAAUGAUUGGGCACUUAUUGUCGCUGCAACAAUCGGAGCCACACUUCUACACGGAUCUCGCCAUCAAGGGCCUUAUUAAUAAUAUGAUCAUUGCCGGUACUGAGACAUCAUCUAUGUCAAUGGAGUGGGGAAUGGCAGCAUUACUCAACCAUCCCAAAGUGAUGAGAAAAGCAAGAGAAGAGCUAGACAGAGUUGUGGGUUUUGAGCGCUUGGUAAAUGAAUCAGAUUUGCCUCAACUGCAUUACCUUCAGUGCAUUGUGUCUGAAACACUGCGCCUGUUUCCACCAGCACCAUUACUGUUGCCGCAUUAUUCAUCUGAGGCUUGUAAGGUUGGUGGCUAUGACAUUCCAAGUGGUACAAUGUUGCUUGUCAAUGCUUUUGCUAUCCAUCGGGAUCCGAACCUUUGGAAUGACGAUCCAACAAGCUUCGUACCCGAAAGAUUUGAGGGUUGGGAAGUUGAAUCAUCAUCAUCAUUAGUAGCAUCACAAAGGCUAAUAGUUAUGCCAUUUGGGAUGGGAAGAAGGUCAUGCCCUGGUGCCGGACUAGCCAAACGCAUCAUAGCUCUUGUCUUGGCAUCAAUGAUACAAUGCUUUGAGUGGAAGAGGAUCACAGAAAGGGCAAUUGAUCUGGAUGAAGGCAAAGGGCUCACCAUGCCCAAAGCCAAACCAUUGGUAGCCAUGUGUAAAGCUCGCAAAGACAUUCAUAAGGUUUUACACCUCCCAUGACCCGCAUUACAGAUCAAAGUGAUAAUGUUUAAUGUAAUAUAGUUUUUAUUUUCGAGCGCAAUUAUAAGCUCCUUCGAGGGUUUUUUUCGGUUCUUUACCUCGAUGCAUUUCUUGAACCGACAAGAUUAGGAUUUUGGGGUUAGAAUUAGAGUUUAUCUAUCUCCAUAAAAUAAAUAUGUUCAUUAUAUCUAUCAGAAAGAAUAAUUUCUCUAAAUCCUA